AUGCCUCUUGAUAAUUAUAAAAAGAGGAGUAAUAGUCGAGGAUCACCUGGAAGACAACUUAAUGAAGCUGAUUUGAGAGCUGAUGAUGAAGUUUACAGGCAAGUUGACCACAGAAGCACACAUUUUUAUAUAAAAAUCAACUUAUUUAAAUAUAUAUUUGACCCUCAAGGUUCAGAUGUUAGAAAGGCCCAUGUGAUUCAACAUGAUUAUGGAAACCAACAGUCUUCCCACGAGAACAACUGGAAAACUCCAUCUAAUGCAGAGAUGCAGCGAUCUGUUGUAGGGAACACCCACGAAAUCGGAUUAGGCGAAGGUGUCCAAGAACAUGCUCAAACUUCUGGUUUUACAUACGGAUCUGAAGAUAUCGGCUCCCGCGUCCGUCAAAAAACGCCUGUGUCUGGCCAGUAUAACAUCGUACCUCAGGAUAACAAUAAAGAUGUCUUGAGUCAUUCUACAUGGUCCCCUCACCAACAUGCAGAACACGAUUAUGCUAGUCUAGGAACUUAUGCCUAUGCAAAGGCAACUGAAGACCCUGCUAGAGACAUUGUCGGAGAUGGACUGAAAGACACUCUCCAUGGGUCCCAUUCGCCAACCAUCCAAUCAAAGUCCGCCAUUAAACAAAAUGCUGUGACUACAGAUCACUUUGUACGUACCCCAGCCAUAAAUGAAGCAUUUUCCAUGGCCGUCAGGAGCAGUUUCUUGGAUUUGGGACAUAUUGUUGAUGUUAUUAAGUCCUCGCAUGCUCAUGAUUAUACGUCAGAUCAAGCCAUGAAAGGUGUCGGAUUUGAUGUCGGGAAAAGACUUUCUGGAGCAGGUGCUGCGAUUGGUGCUGCGAUUGGUUCGGUCUUUCACAGCUCCCAUCCUCACAACUCUCAUCCACAGACCAUAGAAGAGACUCCGGAUGUGAAGAUAGCUCGGAACCGUGAGGCAUUCACUGGCCAACACCAAUCGGUUGAUAGCUAUGACCACAAUCAAGGAUCUAGAGGUGGUAUUAACAGGGCCAGCUUUGGUGCCAAAUCUCCUGACUUGGAUUCUUCCACUCAAAAUGAAGAAAUGCCCAGUACUUGGCCAGAUUCCAGUGAUCCUCAAAAAACAUUUUCCCAGGAAACUCGUGGUAUUUCUUCAGUAGUCAGUCCAUCCAUCAAAUCUUCUAUGGGUCUUGACCGAGGAGCCAAUCUUGUUCGGGUCAACAAAGAACGCAUCAAGGAGAAGAAUUCAAGCCACCCUCCCGUGGCACAUGUUCCAGAUGUCUCGCGCAAGAAUGCAGGAAAAUCUGACAUGUCUGAGAAGCCAAUGGAAAGCCCCUCAAGCAGCUUUGUAGAAGAUGAAUAUGGCGUUACAGCUAACGAUGCCUAUUAUGAUAAGCUGUCGACUUCCGCGGACGAUUGGGAAGAUAACCACACUAGUUCUGAGACCGGUGCUGAUCCUUACAAGCCUACAUCGCACUUGAAGCCUUCUCUUGAGCACGAGCGACACGUUGCUACCCCAGAUAUUCCUCCACUUAAAAUGGGACGCCCUGCAGUAGGUUAUGCAGGUGAUGGUCUUAGUAACCAAACUUACUCUCAUGGAAGAAACAAUCUAUCGGCCUCUUCUAAUCGUAAUGCCUUUGAAACCGACCAUAAUCAACAAUCAUAUAAAUACAGAGAUAUGAGCUCUCAUCCUGUCUCGAGUAAAUCUGGAUUAGAGCAUACUUCUAUGCCGUACAAUGACCGUGUUAAUAGAGAGCAAAGUGCCCCCGGUAUUAUCCCUCAGUCAGCCGCAAACCAUGGCUUAGGAAACAAUAAUAUGUCUGAUAGAAAUGCUCAAGCCAAGUUUGAUACUAGCCACAAUAUGUACUCAAACAUUACGCAACAAAAGCAGCCCAGAAGAUCAGAUAUGCUUUCUUCUGGUGUCCAUUCUGAUAUGAGCCACAAGCCUAAAAAUGAAAUGCCAGGGAUGAAUAAUAAACCCAUCUCUUCGUCUUCUGUAAGCCAACCCCAAGACGGGCGCCAAGGGUCGUACAGCAAUACUAAGGUUUCCCAGGCUACAGGAAUGUCUUCUGCUACGGACGAUAGACACGCUUCAGAAGGCACCAUAUCUGAGGCCGCAAAUUAUCUGACUAAGCUAGCCACCAGUGCAACUGCCGCAAUUGACUCUGGUAUCCAGGCAACCGAGUCUGCUGUCAAGUCGUUGAUAAAAGACACCACAACUCAAGAAACCCAUGAUGGAACACGAGAAGCGACAAGCAUGGAUGACCAAUCCAACGCUUACCAUUAUGGAACGAAGUCCGGUCAUCAAAAUCCGGGACCUCAAGAGCUUACUACUUCCUUUCACAAUCCUAGGGAUGUGAGCACAUAUGGUCGUACACACAAUACUCUUCCUGAAGACAACACAUUUUUGCCACUGACUAGUAAAGUGAACUCGAGAACAAAAGGGCCCAACUUCCCCAAUGCUGACCAACUCGCUCCUACAGAAUCUGAACGUAAACAUUAUCAUGAGCAAGUUGAUGUGAGAGGUUCUGAGCCCCAAAACAAAGGUCCACCUAAGAAAACGGUCAGACUUGUGUACUCGGAAGAUACAGAUAGCUAUGUUCCAGCUUCUCCUGAAGGAAACGGCUCUCCUAUUGCUGGCUCUACAUAUACUGGUGCUUCUUCUGUAAGACAUUCUCAUGUCGAGCCUAACGCUCAGGGUGGAAGAAAUACAGGACUCUCUCACCCUUUGUCCGGUUUCGCUGACACAUCAAAGAAUUCCUCGUACGCAAAUAAUAAUUCGUACAAGGAUGGUACAACGCUUGGUAAUUCGCAAUCGAAUUCUCUUUCUCACCGGAGUAACUCUAGCCAUUUAGCCAAAUUGGCUGCCGGCGGUGCUAUGACUGAUACCGGUAUCGGAGCUUCAGCAACAAAUGCACGUCCUUCUGCUCCUCCAACAUCUGGUUACGAAGGUUACAAUCCGGCUUUCUCUUCUAGCACUGGUGCUUUUAAUAGCCAUCGAAAGUCUCGAGGAAAUUAUGGAAUCCCCAAGGAUGAUACACGUGGACUGUCAACCUCUGACUUUUAUGAAAAUGAGGAGCCAGGUUUUGAUGAAGUUAUGGAUAUAUCUGAUAUUUCUGGUCAGGAAAGCCGUACAGGCAUGUAUCGUAAUUAUAACGACGAUAUUCUUUCUGAGCCCACCGAGAGCGGAGACAGCAACAACACACUUCCUCCAUCUUCCCGUCAUACGUCACCUUAUGAUCAUGAUAUAUUGGUAAACUCGAAUCAGUCUGAAGGAGCCAUUGUAGAAGAUGAUAUUGGCGCUGAUUUCAGAGUAAACCGUCUGGGUCAGUACGAGUAUGAAACCUCUUCAGAAGAUUAUGAAGCUGAAGAAGGCUCUUUCUACGAUGCCGAUAAUGACGAGAGUAACGACUAUAUGCCAUAUUAUGGUGCCCGUAAACGAACAUGGUCUCCUCGUCAAAGUCACCGUGAUCAGUUCGUUAUGGAAGAUAGCUAUAACAAUCGAACACCUCUAAACGAGCGUGUGGGAGAGGCUGUGCGUCGUAAUUCAGGAUAUGCUGGAAAGUCUUCAAGUUCAUUCAAUUCAUCUCAGACAACUCCUCAAGUUUCUGAUAACAAGCGUAAUAUGGAGUAUAUCGCAGCUGGUGUUGCAGGUGCAGGUUUUUCAGCUACUCUCAAACCUGGUGUCAAGCGUAACUUAUACGAAACACGGCAGACCGUGCCAUCCCAUAAUAAGACUACACCCAAUACAGGCUGGCCUCAAGGAUUCACUACCAAAAAUGGUGUUAGAGACGGAAAUAUUCUCCAAAAGUCUGAAGCAAUCGUACCAGCAAAAUCAGGGGAGUCUAAUGAUCACUACCCACAGUUGCCAUCCAGCUCGGUCCAUCACAAUGUACACAAUGUAGAGGCUAUCAAAGAGAAAAUCAUUAAGAAUCCAGCUAACAACGAUGAUGUGAGACCAUAUGAUCCUGGAAACAAUGAGUCUAACGAGGAUGUAUCCUCAAACUCAUUCGGAGCAGUCUUCCGCUCAUUCUUCAGAAAGUCAACCGAUCAAAACAUGCCUGGUGAAACACAGCAGCCCCAGAAGCACACGUCUAAUAACAUUCGCGAAAAGGAAGGCGAGCUUAGCCAUGAUUCUAAGCGCCCGUUAGAUGAAACGAAUUCAGGCGAGCUUCCUCCAUCUUACAAGGCGGCUACCAGGGGCCGUAGUACCAGUUAUGAUGCCGGUUUACCUUCCAGACUCCUUGAAGGUAGCGAUUUGACUUCUGCUAAUGAAUUGGAGAACAUGUCUCGCAACAGACAUUCUAUUCAAGAGAUCGAUGGUUGGAAACAAGACACUGAAAAGACCCUCAAGGCCACAGAAGCACAGCAUAACCUUGAUUGGAGAACAGUUGCUAACUUCCACGGUCCAGUCCCAGAAAGACAUGAUGCCACUGGAUGGUUGGGUGCCUCCGAAUCCUUAAAGGAAGAUAGAGGUGUCCUUGGUGGCUGUAAGAAAGAUUCUGUCUAUAAUAAUCUCUUUGAUGAAAAGAUGGAAGACUCUGAUCUCGCUAAAGGAAUCAAGGAAAAAUCUACCGAUAUGCAAUCUAAAGAAAAUGAUACAAAUGGUCUUGAACCUCCUGUUAACUCAAGACGCUCUACACUUGGUGCUACUGAAUCUACACUUACAUCCGUAGGUGCAACUAUCGGAGCAGCGAUUCGAUCUGCGCUUGGUAGAGGCCCUCAAGAAGAGAAGGCUAAAGAUAUUGAUGCCUAUGGCGAGCCUUGUAAUAAGUCUGAGUCAAACUCUUCUAAUACACCUCCUAAGCUCUCUCAACAUACAAACACUGCUUAUGAAUCCAACCAAAAAGAUGAUACAAGCGAGUUGCUCAAAAAGAGAGAUGACGGAAAGUUCAACUUGGCCAACCAAGAUGGUACACCCUUGGAAACUUACGAUCCGGUUACUGGUAUCACUCAUAGUAACAUGAGAGGAAUGUCAACCCAUGGUACAUCCUCGACUGCCCCAAAUAUUGAUAUGAGAAAGAACAAGAACAAUAACCAAAAGGAAGCCCGUAUUACCGAUCGUAAGGAAGGUCUUCUCACUGACCACAAGAAGGAAGGACUUAUCACUGACCACAAAGAAGAAGGUCUUCUCACUGAUCGCAAGAAGGAGGGACUUAUCACUGACCGCAAGGAAGAAGGUCUUCUCACUGACCGCAAAGAAAGACUUAUUACUGAUCCUAAAGGGAAGGGUCCUAUGGAAAACCACAAUGAUGGCAUGAAUGUUAAUAAAGAGUUGCCUGAUGUGAAAGAUUCCAAGACUGAUAAGAUUUCUCGUAAGGCAGCUGGUGCUAGUGCUACUGUUGGUGCUGCUAUUGGUGCUAGAGCCGCUUCAUUGCGUUCCAAUGUUAAAGAUGCUGGUAACAAAGCUACAGACAAGAUCAAACAGACCGUUCAGAACACUGAGAAAAAAUUGCCUGGUAUUUCGACCUCUGACAACGAGUCCAAGAUGAAUUCUAAUGGUAAAUCCAACUCGUCUGAGCAUAACCCGGAACACUCUUUCCAUUCCGCUAGAGCAGAUGUUCCUCCUACACCGCCUGCCAAAGAUGCAGAAUCUGCUUAUUUCGAUUGCACUUCUCCAAAGCCUAAUGAUCACAAAAAUGAAGAGAAGAUUGGUUCUCAACAAAGAAAACCUAUCGUAACCGAGCCCCUUGAUCUGAAAGCCAUGAGAGAGAAACAUAAACGUGCUUCUAUGUCCAAGAGAGUAGAUAACUCGACCGACCAAACCAAAAUAGCCAGCUCUAUUGGAAAGACUCUUGGUGCUGUCGUUGCUGGUGCUGGUACUGCAAAGACUGUUAAUGCAGCAUUAGAUAAAGGACAUCUUAAGAGCCAAACAAUUGCCACCAACAAGAAUGAAAUGGACGCCAGAAACCCUACAGAUACUAGCACUGGCAAAAACGAGCGCAAACGCAGUGCAUCUUGGAGAAAGUCGACUUAUUAUUCUGGAUCCAAGUCUCCUGGGGCGUGUUCUGGACCAGGCCAAGGUGUAUGGGUUAAUCAGACCAAGAAUCCCUUGACUUGUAAAAAACAUAUUCGAUCUGCAAGUACCUCUUCUGUUCCCUCGGACACACACAGAACUGAGCGUGUAGGAUCGUAUGUUGGUGCUGGAACUGGUAUUUGGGAUAACCAUGUAGACAAUCCUCUAACAUCUAAGAAGCACGAACUGGAAAAGAAAAUGGAGACCAAGAAACAUACAAAAAAUAGAAGAUCUUGCCAAAACUAA